CGGCGGCGGCGGGAGCCGCAGUGGCAGCGGGGGCUGCCCGGGCGGCGGCGGCGGCGGGCGGCCGGGGACGCGGUCCGGGUAGCGCCGGGCCGAACGCGGAGCCAUGGGCCGGGCUGGGACCGGGACUGAGGGCGCGGCGGUGGCGGUGGCAGUGGCGGGGCCGCUGCUGCUGCUGCUGCUGCUCGCUCGGCCCCCGCCUGGCGCCGCCGGCGACAGCAGGAAGGGCGACUUCAGGCUGGUAUCCGAGCAGUUCUCGCAGUCCCCGCAGAAGCUAUCUUUCUACAGCUGGUAUGGCAGCGCCAGACUUUUCCAUUUCCGGGUGCCCCCAGACACCGUACUGCUGCGCUGGCUGCUCCAAGUGUCCCAGGGCAGCGGCCCCACGUGCACCAAUGUGGAGAUCACCGUGUACUUCCGCUACGGCGCCCCUCCAGUCAUCAACCCACUGGGCACCAGCUUCCCCGCCAACACCUCCGUGCAGCCCUCCUUCCUCAUCAAGAUGCUACAGAGCAACGCCUCCGUCAACAUCUCCCACCCAGCACCGGGGGACUGGUUUGUGGUCGCCCACCUACCCCCCUCAUCCCAGAAGAUUGAGGUGAAGGGCUUUGUUCCCACCUGUGCCUACGUCUUCCAGCCUGACAUGCUGGUUGUACGGGUGGUUGAGGUCUCCGUCCUGGAGCCCGACGUGCCCCUUCCGCAGACCCUCCUCUCCCACCCCAGCUACCUCAAAAUCUUUGUUCCCAAGUACACCCAGGAGCUGCGGCUGGAGCUACAGGGCUGUGUGUCCAACGGGAGCCUGGGCUGCCCUGUGCGCCUCACCGUGGGCUCGGCCACCCUGCCCAGCAAUUUCCAGAAGGUGCUCACCUGCACUGGCCCCACCCAGGCCUGCCGCCUGCUGCUGCCCUCACCACCCUGGGACCGAUGGCUGCAAGUGACAGCCAAGAGCCUGGCGGGGCCCCGUGUGUCGGUGGCUUUCAGCACUGUAGCUGCCCUCACAGCCUGCAGGCCGUGGAGUGGGAACUUCCAGCACCUUCUGCAGGGCAGCCUGAACCAGAGCUGCAACACCUCCACUGGUCUGCUUUCCCCGAGCCCCAGCUACCAGGACGUGGGCGGGAACAGCGUGCUGGGCGGUGGCCCCUUCUGCCUCAUGAGCUACCCGGUCAUGCGGGAAGACAUGGACGUGGUGUCUGUGCGCUUCCGGCCCUUGGACAGGGACUGGGUGCUGGUGCAAUCGGACAUGCCCUCAGUCAUGCGGCUGCACCUCAACAUGGGCAUGGACAGUGGAGGCUCCCUCACCAUCUCCCUGUGGGCCAACAAGAGUGUGCUUGCCAACAACACCUGGGUAGUGGUCUGUGUCAACGCCGCCUCGCCCUUCCUCAGCUUCAACACUUCGCUUAACUGCACCACAGCCUUCUUCCAGGGCUAUCCCCUGUCUCUGAGCGCCUCGUCUCGCAAGGCCACCCUCAUCGUCCCCUACCCAGAGGCAGACAACUGGUACCUCUCCCUGCAGCUCUUGUGCCCAGAGCGUCCUGAGGAAUGUGAGAAGGCCUCUGUCCUCGUGGAGACCACCUUGUACUUGGUGCCCUGCCUGAACGACUGUGGACCUUACGGCCAGUGUCUUCUGCUGCGCAGACACGGCUACCUGUAUGCGGGCUGCAGCUGCAAGGCAGGCUGGCGUGGGUGGAGCUGCACGGACAACAGCACCGCACAGACCGUGGCCCAGCAGAGAGUGGCUGCGCUCCUGCUCACCCUCAGCAACCUCGUGUUCCUGGCUCCCAUCGCCAUCUCCGUGCACCGCUCCCUCCUAGUGGAGGCCUCCGUCUACGCCUACACCAUGUUCUUCUCCACGUUCUACCACGCCUGCGACCAGCCAGGGGAGGCCGUGCUGUGCAUCCUCAGCUACGACACCCUGCAGUACUGUGACUUCCUGGGCUCUGGAGUGUCCAUCUGGGUCACCAUUCUCUGCAUGGCACGACUGAAGGCAGCCCUGAAAUACGUUCUGUUUCUCCUGGGCACGCUGGUCUUCGCCAUGUCCCUGCAGCUGGACCGCAGGGGUGUCUGGAACAUGCUGGGGCCUUGCCUCUUUGCCUUUGUGGUCAUGGUCACCAUGUGGGUGUACCGCUGUGGGCACCGGCGCCACUGCUACCCCACCUCCUGGCAGCGUUGGGUCUUCUACCUCCUGCCUGGCAUCUCCAUGGCCACUGUGGCCAUCGCCAUCUACACCUGCAUGAUCACCAGUGACAACUAUUACUACACCCACAGCAUCUGGCACAUGCUGCUGGCAGGGAGCGCAGUGUUCCUGCUGCCGCCGCGUGACAAGCACGCCGAGCCCUGGGUCUGCUCCAAGAAGCUCACCUGCCACUAUCAGAUCUGCAAGAACCACCGGGAGGAGCUGUACACGGUGACCUGAUGUGGCCAGCUCAGGGACACCUGUGGCUUUGAUGAUGACCUCUCUAGGCAGGGGCAGGACCAAGAGAGAGGGACCCUGUCCAGAUCGAUUUCCAACUGAAUAAAAUUGCCCUGCACACCAUUGUGCUUCCUCCUCCCAAGGAGAGGACCACACUCCCCCAACUCCCUUGUGCCAGCUGGUUGACUCAGUCCCUCUGCAGGUCCUAGCUGGUAUCUGCAGUGGCUCCAGGCAGCCUAGGUCUGGCUGCCUAGAGACUGACCACAGGUACUGUGUAAGGCAGCCUCUGUUCUGCUGGCCUGGGGAUGGUUGGAGAUGUGGAGAAAGGUUUCCCCAUUGCCCUGUUCCUCUGAGAGGCUGUGAUGUGAGAGUCGGGAGCAGGGGAGGCCUGCCCACCUCCCAUGGGCCGCUGCCGCUUAGGCUGUGGGCUGUGCCCUCCUUGCAUCCCUGGCUCUCUGAUGCUGUGUGCCCCUGCAUGCCAGUCUGUCUUGGGCAUGGGGAUACCCCCUGCUCACCCAGUUGCUGUGGGGAGAGGUGACCACAGUCACCAGAAAACUGAUGGGCACUGGGGGACAGAUGAAGGGGCCAACUGUCAUGAGUGGCAUGGGGGAGGCUGGCUUCUGGCUGUCGUGCUUUGCCCCUCCCCUCCCUUUGGCUCUCAGAUUUGGAGCUGCAGGCCUCUGAGAAGAGCUUCCCAGGGGUGCUAGCACCACGGGGCACACCCUGCCCCAACUCUGUGUCCCCACCCACCCUGGGUUCCUGGGCCCUUGUCUGGGGAGCAUCCUCUCGAGUUGUUUCCAGGAGCAGAGGUGAUGGCUGCCACCCUGCACUGGCCCACCACAUGUUUGGGGAGGGGACUUUCUCCCUCCUCUGUGGGGGAAGUAGGGUAAGAGGAGAAGCCAUGCCCUCCUCUCCCCAUGGCCAGAGUACAGGGGGCUGCUGUGUGUGUGAGGCGUGCGGACGGGGUCAGCUGGGGUCGCCGAAGCCCAGGGUCCGGGACACUUGGCCCUCCCACCUUCUGGCCCUGGGGCUUCCCUUCUGGGUCUUGUCCAGGGUGUCCCCUCCCUGGAGGCCUCCCCCACCCCCAGUCACCCUGCACUUGGCCACUCGAGCAUUCUCUAGGCUUGUAAAGGGGAAACAUUUAUAUAUGGUGUUUUUUAGGGUAAAAAUUUUUAAGACAUUAAGAUCUAUUUUUCUGUAGCUCUGAUUUCGCUGUAAUUGGUGAAUUUAAUAUUCUACAGUAAUAUUUCCACGCGAACGAG